AUGUUGCUUGAUAGCUUAUCAGGUGAUGAACGUAGAGAAUCUGAAGUUCAAGAAAUUUUCGCGUACUUUUUUAUCAAGGAAGUAAUGAAGAAAAUUAUUGAUGAGAGUGUUCCUUACAGUAUUUCGAAGGACCCAAGCAAAGCACUGGAUAUAACAGAUGAUGAUCUACAUAAGUUCCUUGGAAUCUGUAUUCUUACUCCUGUGUGCAAAUACUCUAACAUAAGACAUUAUUGGGACAAGACAGUUGGUGUGGAUAUGAUAAAAAAAGCUUUGUCAUUGAACAUGUUUGAAAAAAAUCGAGGUAAUUUACAUUUCAAUGACAACUCAAAGCAAGUACUGAAUAAAGAAGCUGGCAGAUAUGAUAAGCUGUACAAAUUGCGUCAAGUUCUUGAUGAAGUUGGGAAGAAGUUUCUUUCUGUUCCUAUGGAAGAAUGUUUAUCAAUUGAUGAGCAGAUGUGCGCCACUAGGGCUAGACAUCGCCUAAAGCAGUAUAUGCCUCAGAAACCUCAUAAAUGGGGCUGUAAAUUAUCUGUUGUCUGUGGUGUGUCUGGAUUUGCCUAUAAAUUCGAAAUAUACACUGGAGCUGAAAAUGAGUUGAAAGACAGACUUCAUCAUGAACCAGACUUGGGAGCUAGAGGAAAUACAGUUGUCCGACUGUGCAGAGAGAUUCCAAGAGGUGUGUUUCACAAAGUGUACUUCGACAAUUACUACACCAGCCUUCCACUAGUUUCAUACUUGACUGAGCAAGUGCCUGAAUGCAAAGAGAAGUGA